CUGCUCUUCAGUGGAAUCUUACUAUUGGACAGAAAAUAGCUCUGACUGAAAGAAUUGUUAGAGUUGUGCAGUCUAUGAAAUGUCCACAUCAGCUAGAGCCUCACCAGAUUCAGGGUCUUGAUGCUAUACACAUCUUUCCAGUCAUACAGUGGCUUGUUAAAAAAGCUUUGGAAACCAGAGAGGAAUUUGUCGAUGAAACAAGGAACUUUACAAACUUCCUGUUUCACUCUUACUAUUCCACACCGCAACAAGAAAAAAUCAAGGAAUCAUGGCCAACUGUAUCCAAGACCAUAUCUGAAGUACAGGUUUGCUUUGUAGCCAAGUUUUGUAUGGUCUCCAGUUUCCCAACUUACAGAUUCCCUGCUUUAUUGUGUAGUUAAUAAUGAAG